AUGGCAUCUCUGCUCGCUUCGUUUCUUGCCUGUGUGCUGUUUCUUGCGUUAUCGGAGGCAUUUACGCACAACGACAUGAAGGAUGUCAUGCUGAAAAAACUGGGACUAAGUGAGGUUCCUCAGAUACACAAGAGGGAUCUGGAGAACCUGGUGGUGCCAGCGCACAUCAAGAGCAAGUACGCGUCCAUGCUCAAGCUCCAUCAUGAGAGGAGGCGUCGCUCCCUGCCAAGUCUAGCUGGCAUUCUGAGGGGCAUUCCUGGUAAUGCUGAUAUUUCUGGGGAGUUUGUAUACUCAGAUGCAGCUCGUCAGCGGGUUGUGUUCGAGAUGGACUCGCGGAUUCCGGACAACAGUGAGGUCACCAUGGCCGAGCUCAAGUUGUACCAGAAAGCACCACACAAGCAUUCCAUGCCUGAACGAAAGAACCAGAGACCAGUAAACAAUGCUCGAGUGAGCAUCUACUGGGUGGAGGUGCUGGAAAACGGCUCAAACCGCACUUCACUGGUCGACUCUAGGUUGAUUUCCAUCCAUGAGAGCGGCUGGAAGAGCUUUGAUGUAACGCAGGCUGUGCACUACUGGUCCAAGAGUGAGCGCAUGACACCUAUGCAUCUGGAGGUGUGGAUUGAGGGUGAGAGACCUGGCAGCUACGCAUCGGAAAUGGCCAAGAGUGUGCGCUUUACCACGCAGGAGUCAAGUGACAACACACUGGGCAAACCUGAACUCGUCCUCUACACACUCAACCUUGAGGAAUUUGGUUCCCAUGGAGACUGUGAGCCAAACAAGAGCAAGAACAUGUGCUGUAGAGAGGAGUACUUCAUCAAUUUCCGUGCCCUCACCUGGACGCAGUACUGGAUUAUCGAACCUGCGGGCUACCAGGCGUUCCGUUGCACUGGCGGCUGCAGACAGCCAAAGCACAAUGCAUACACCUAUGGAGAGAGGAAAUGCGCAGUGGUAGAGAGUGCCCCACUACCCAUGAUGUACCUGGUUAAAAAGGGAGACUACACAGAGAUUGAAGUUGCAGAGUUUCCCAAUAUGAUCGUGGAAAAGUGCGGCUGUGCGAUGGACAAUAUUUCAGUAGUGUAA